CAAUUGUCUCAAUAGAGGCAUAGACAUGUCCGUAUAGCUCACAAAUAGCCCCUCAUUCGCGUCGAAAGUACUUUCCAGCUCGAAAAUGCCAGCUUUUACUCUGUAUGGGGCUCGCGGCUCGACCAACACCGAUCGUGUCCGCCUGACUCUCGCUGAAGGGGGCUUUACAGACUAUGAAAUCGUUACUCUCAACCUUCAAAAGGGAGAGCAAAAGUCAGAAGAGCACAAGAAACGUCACCCCUGGGGUAAAGUGCCCGCAAUAACUACUGCUGAGGGGUUCACGCUCUGCGAGAGUCGCGUGAUUUGCAAAUACCUUGCAACGAAGUACGGCUUUUCACUUCUACCCCCUGCCUCUGAGGUCGAAGCUGCGGCGCUGUUCGACCAGGCGCAGACGGCAGAAAUGCUCUACUUCGCAGAGCCUGCAGGUAGAAUCGCAUUCGAGAAAUUCGUCAAGAGGCUCAUGGGGCUGCCUCCCAAUGACGCUGUUGUCAUAGAGGCGCUGCGGUCCAUCGAGAUCUUUUUCGACAUUGCAGAACGUCACCUGCAACAGAAAGACUAUAUGGCCGGAAACGACUUCACUCUCGUGGACAUUUACUACAUUCCACUGAUACAAAGACUUUUCGCAUGCGGGUACAAAGAGGUCAUCAGUCGCGAAGCUGUAAAGGCUUGGUGGGACCGCUGCUUGAAUCGACCAGCCAUACAGAAGUUGAUGGCCGCUGACAAGGAAGCUGCGCUUGCUGCUGGCAGAUAGGAUGAGAAGCU